GGAGGCCGAAUCUGACACUGGAGGCUGAGGGAUAGAGGAGAGUAGUUUGGGAGAGUUCUCCCCGCCCCGGCCUUCUAGUUCUCUUCAAGUGACACACUAAAUCGGGACUCACUUUUCUUUUACUGAAUUUGAACCACCGUUUCCGUCGUCUCGCAAUCAACACGCGAACUCCGGGGCGAUGGACCCGUUUACCGAGAAACUGCUUGAACGAACCCGUGCCAGGCGAGAGAAUCUUCAGAGAAAGAUGGCUGAGAGGCCCACAGCAGCAGCAAGGUCUGCCAUGCAUGCUAAGAGAACCAGAGAGCCACUUUCUGAAGCAAGUAACCAACAGCCUCUACCUGGUAGUGAAGAGAAAUCUUGUACAAAACCAUCACCAUCAAAAAAACGCUGUUCUGACAACGCUGAAGUAGAAGUUUCUAACUUGGAAAAUGAAAAGCCAGUAGAGUCAGCUUCUGCAAAAGCCUGUCCUCCAAGUCCUCUGCCUCCUCAGGCACAGCCACAGACGCCAGCUCCUGUCAGUGAUCCCGAGGCUGUCCCGGCACCGCUGCCGGGCGUGAGGACAGGGCUUAACUCAAGACUGGAAGCGAGGGCAGCCUCCUCAGUGAAAACACGAAUGCAAAGACUGGCAGAGCAGCGGCGCCAUUGGGAUAAUAAUGACAUGACAGAUGAGAUACCCGAAAGCUCACUUAUGUCACCAAUGCCAUCAGAGGGAAGGGCUGCCUCGCCUCCCAAACCACCCCCUGCAGAUGCCUCGGCAACUCCAGUUGGUAGAAGGGGCCGUCUGGCCAACCUUGCCGCAACUAUUUGCUCGUGGGAAGAUGAUGUAAAUUACUCAUCUGCAAAGCAAAACAGUGCACAAGAACAGCCUGGUACCACUUGUUUAUCCAAAUUUUCCUCUGCAAGUGGAGCAUCUGCUAGGAUCAAUAGCAGCAGUGUCAAGCAGGAAGCUGCAUGCUGUUCCCAAAGGGAUGGUGAGGCCUCUUUGAAUAAAGCUCCGUCCUCGAGUGCCGUGGGUGCAUCUUUGAAUGAUGCUACAGUUUCCAGCUCUGUGAAAGCUGCUUCUUCCCCAGUGAAAUCUUCUACUGUAUCCCUUGCUGAUGCUAAAAAUUGUGAGGUACAAAAUCCUGAGCUACUUCAGAAAACUCCUGUUAGUCUCCUGAAAACAGAGGUACCGAAAUCAACUGGGAAGUCAACCGUGUCCCAGACAGUUGGGCCCAAAGAAGAAUUAAAUAGAGAAAUAUGUCGGCAGUCUCAAUCUAAAGACAAAUCUGCAACACCAGGAGGAGCAGGAAUUAAGCCUUUCCUGGAGCGCUUUGGAGAGCGUUGUCAAGAACACGGCAAACAAAGUCCUGCUCGGAGCACACCCCAAAGAACCCCCAUUAUCACUCCAAAUACAAGAGCCAUCCAAGAAAGAUUAUUCAAGCAAAACACAUCUUCAUCUACUACUCAUUUGGCACAACAGCUCAAGCAGGAACGUGAGAAAGAACUAGCAUGUCUUCGUGGCCGAUUUGACAAAGGCAAUUUAUGGAGUGCAGAAAAAGGCGAAAGCUCGAGAAGCAAACAACUAGAAACCAAACAGGAAAUUCACUGUCAGAACACUCCCCUCAAAAAACACCAAGCUGUUUCAAAUACCUCAUCGCUUCCAGUAACGGAAAAGGUGACAGAAAAUCAAACACCAGGAAAACCUUCCAGCACAGAACCUACAGGUUUCACUGAACGUAAAAUGACGAAGUCUAGCCCUUUGAAAAUCACAUUGUUUUUAGAAGAGGAUAAGUCUUUAAAAGUAACAUCAGACCCAAAGGUUGAGCAGCAGACUGAAGUGGUACGUGAAACUGAGAUGAGUGUGGAUGAUGACGAUGGUAUCAAUAGUUCAAAAGUAAUUAAUGACAUCUUCAGUGAUGUCCUGGUGGAAGGUGAGCUGGACAUGGAAAAGAGCCAAGAGGAGAUGGACCACGCAGAAGCAGAGAGCGCUGAAGAACAGGAAGAUGCACUGAACAUCUCCUCCAUGUCUUUGCUUGCUCCGUUAGCACAGACCGUUGGUGUGGUAAGUCCGGAGAGUUUAGUUUCCUCACCUCGAUUGGAAUUGAAAGAUUCCAGCGUAAGUGAUGAAAGUCCAAAGCCAGGGAAAUUCCAAAGAACCCGUGUUCCUCGAGCUGAGUCAGGUGAUAGCAUUGGUUCUGAAGAUCGUGAUCUUCUUUAUAGCAUUGAUGCAUACAGAUCUCAAAGAUUCAAAGAAACAGAACGUCCUUCAAUAAAGCAAGUGAUUGUUCGGAAGGAAGAUGUUACUUCGAAGUUGGAUGAGAAAAAGAAUGCCUUUCCUGGUCAAGUGAACAUCAAACAGAAAAUGCAGGAACUCAAUAAUGAAAUAAAUUUGCAGCAGACAGUAAUCUAUCAAGCCAGCCAGGCUCUUAACUGCUGUGUUGAUGAAGAUCACGGAAAAGGGUCACUAGAAGAAGCUGAAGCAGAAAGACUUCUCCUCAUUGCUACUGAGAAGAGAACACUUUUGAUUGAUGAGUUGAAUAAAUUGAAGAACGAAGGGCCCCAAAGGAAGAACAAGGCUGGUCCCAUAUCCCCAAGUGAAUUUGUCGCAUCCAAGGGAUCAGUUACUUUGUCAGAAAUCCGCUUGCCUCUAAAAGCAGAUUUUGUCUGUGGUACAGUUCAGAAACCAGAUGCAGCAAAUUACUAUUUCUUAAUUAUACUAAAAGCAGGAGCUGAAAAUAUGGUAGCCACACCAUUAGCAUGUACUUCAAAUUCUCUUAAUGGUGAUGCUCUGACAUUCCCUACUACAUUUACUCUGCAAGAUGUGUCCAAUGACUUUGAAAUAAAUAUUGAAGUUUACAGCUUGGUACAAAAGAAAGAACUCUCAGGCCCUGAUAAGAAGAAAAAGGCACACAAGUCCAAGGCUAUUACUCCAAAGCGACUUCUCACAUCUAUAACCACAAAGAGCAGCCUUCAUUCUUCAGUCAUGGCCAGUCCAGGUGGUCUCCAUGCUGUGCGUACCAGCAACUUUGCCCUUGUUGGGUCUUACAUACUGUCAUUAUCUUCAGUAGGAAACACUAAAUUUGCUCUGGACAAGAUAAAUUAUGAUGUAAAAGAGCGAGAGCUACUGGGCUAUAUGUUCCAGGAAAAGGUACCCUUUUUAUGUCCCUUGGAAGGUCAUAUUUAUUUAAAAAUAAAAUGUCAAGUGAAUUCAAGUGUUGAAGAAAGAGGUUUUCUAACCAUAUUUGAAGAUGUUAGUGGUUUUGGUGCCUGGCAUCGAAGAUGGUGUGUUCUUUCAGGAAAUUGUAUCUCUUAUUGGACUUAUCCAGAUGAUGAGAAACGGAAGAAUCCCAUAGGAAGGAUAAAUCUGGCCAAUUGUACAAGCCAUCAAAUAGAACCAGCCAACAGAGAAUUUUGUGCAAGACGCAACACUUUUGAAUUAAUUACUGUCCGACCACAGAGAGAAGAUGACCGAGAGACUCUUGUUAGCCAAUGCAGGGACACUCUCUGUGUCACCAAGAACUGGUUGUCUGCAGAUACCAAGGAAGAGAGGGAUCUCUGGAUGCAAAAACUCAAUCAAGUUCUUGUUGAUAUUCGCCUCUGGCAACCUGAUGCUUGCUACAAACCUAUUGGGAAGCCUUAAGCUGUGGGAAGUUUCUAGGCCAUUUAGAGUUUUUUUUGAGCUAUAUCAUAAAUGUACCUUAAAAGCAUCAGAUUUGCUGAUUGCAUUUUAUGCUUUAAUUACAAGAGGGUAUGUGCCAAUAUUCACUACAUAUUAUGCAGUAUUUAUAUCUUUUGUAUGUAAAAUUUCAACUGAUUUCUCUUCUGUCAUUCAUAAAUGAUUGGAAGAAAAUUCAUUAUAGUCAGUUUUGCUAAAUCUUAAUUUAAAAAAGCCUCAUUUUCCUAGAAACCUAAUUAUUCAGUUAUUCAUGACAAAAUAUUUUUUUAAACGUAAGGAAUUGUGAGUUGUCUUGGAGCUGUGGUCUCAAAGUAGAAAGGUCUUCCGGGGGCUGGAGACAGAAACCUCUGACUUGCUCAUCUUUUCUCUAGCCUUGGUACUUCUUUCUAAAGUUUGUGAUCGUUUACUGAUCAUGAGAUAUCUUGUUAGUAGAGUACUGAGAAAACCUCCAAGGGACUUUACAGAAACAUUUUUAGUAAUGGAGGCAAGAACUUUUUAAAUAGCAAAUGUACAUUCGUUUAAAGCUUGAGGCUGCCUUUAAACAGGAGAUGUGGACAUAGGGGAUAUUGUGGGAGAUUUGGGGGUUAAAUAUUUUCUAUAGAAGAGUUAAUCACAUGGUUUACAUUUACUCAGUUUCUAUAGAUGCUGUGUGGUGCACAUUUUCAUAGAGUACAGGCUUUUAAAAAUAAUUAUUUUUGCUAUAUAGCUAAGACUCCACUUGGCAUAUCAGUUCUUUCUGCUCCUGUAACAAGAAUAAAUGUAAAUUGAAGAAUCUUUGUAUAAAGAAAGUAAACUUUACCAAGCUGCUAUGGACUAAUACUUUGCCUGCCAAAGUUCUUGUCUUUUUUUUUCCCUGUCCAAGCAGGACAGUGUCUAGAAGCACAUUGUGAAAUCUUUUGAAAAACUAUUAAGUCAUUCAUUACCUUUGAAAGCCCAAUUCUUUAUUUUAUGAUAAAGUAUUGUAAAGCAUGGUCACAUCUUUUAAAUAUACUUUGAAUUUUUUCUCUGAAUUGUUAAAGUUAUUGACGAUCUCAUUUAUAAACACUAAAUUCUGUCACCUCCUGUCAUUUAAUUUGUAUUCAUUCAACGUGUUUUUGUUAUGUGUAUUAUAAAAAUAUAUUUUAUGAUCUCUUACCCGAAUAAAUGCUUGCAGAGGA